AUUAAGGAUUAAACAUUCUAAACUGCAUAACUAAACUCUUCUAAUUCACACUAGUUUUUAUCGUUACUCAAUAAUUUGGUAUCUUGCGUACAUAAAACGAGUGGAUAUCGUUUAAAUAAAUCAUUGUUUAAAGUUCUUGAAUACUGAUAACUCAACAUAAUAAUGGGCAAGAAAGGAGAUAAUCCCGAAAACGCCGGUGGUUCCUCUGCAGCCGAAGAAGAAGAGGAAGAAUUCGCAGUAGAAAAAAUUUUGGACCGUCGUGUACGCAAGGGGAAGGUCGAAUACUUCCUGAAAUGGAAAGGAUACGCCGACACCGAGAACACUUGGGAACCGGAGGGCAACCUUGACUGCCAGGACCUUAUACAACAGUAUGAGCUUAGUCGCAAAGAUGAGGAAAAAGGCAAGGAGAAAAAAGAACGUCCGAGCAGCAGCGCUAAAACCAAGGAAUCUGGUCGCACCAGCACAUCGGCCAACGCUCCCGGCGUUAAACGCAAAUCCGAGGAGCCGUGUAAGAAUAAAAAUUCUACUAUGCGAAAUGCAAAUUUUUUACAAAUAUUUUGCAUUUCAGUGUCUGUACCAAAGUCAAAGCGUACCGAGGUUGAAAGUGAUAGCAGUGAUAUGAUACCGCCAGGAUGUACUGGUUUUGAUCGUGGCCUAGAAGCUGAAAAGAUAUUAGGCGCUUCGGACAACAAUGGAAGGCUAACAUUCCUGAUUCAAUUUAAGGGCGUGGAUCAGGCCGAGAUGGUGCCAUCAACAAUUGCUAACGUCAAAAUUCCACAAAUGGUAAUUCGGUUUUAUGAGGAACGCCUCUCCUGGUAUUCUGAUAACGAAGAUUAAGGCCAUGUGAAAUCGGCAGAAUUGAAGCCAGUUAGUUUAAUAUGUAUCGGCGCGGAAUAAGGACUGCUAUUUCCAAACUUUCUAAACACCAAUUAUGUUCCGCUCAUCAAAAAGGAAAAGCGCAUAACAAUUUUUUUUUUAAAUGUAGUUUUUCCCUUGUUUCCAUAAAUAAAAACUGCAUAAAUCUUCUAA